GCCGGCGCCCCCUACCACCGCCGCCACUCAUGCGCUGCCCGUUUCGCAGUCAACACGUAUUCCACGCUGCUCCCUCCACCGGGGCCGACCCUCAGGAUUGCCUCCCUCCGGACAGCCACGGCGACAGUUCAAAAUGUGCCAGUGACGCUCAAGUGAUUUUUUUUUAAUUGAAAAAAAUAAUUUAAAAGACAAAAGUGCAGUGAGAACAUUUAGCAGCGACGUGUGAUGUGCAGCUUCAACUGCUGAAGAAGUGUUUAUACAGCCGCAGCCUCAGCCAUAACAGAAAACAUGGUGGUGUGGGCGGUGGGCGUGGUGCUGCUGGCGUGCGCGGCGGCGGGCAGCGUGCUGGCGCCCACGUACGCGCUGCCGCCGGCGUCGUUCCCGCGCGACCGCGCCGCCGAGCGAACGGUGCGCCGCCUCGUCGGCGGACACCUCAAGAUCAAGCCCGACUACGGCGAUCCCGCGAAAAACUCGUUCGGGAACGACCAGAAGAGCGAGAGCGGCAAGUUCUUGGGCGUCGUGGUCGCGCAGGAACACGUCGGCUGGAACCAGGGCGUGUGGGACGACGGCAUGCUCAUGUCCAGCGCCGGCGAGGGUAAAGACAAGCCCGGAAAGAGCAGGGAGGAGGACGAGGACAAGAAGACGCUGUCCGACCAGGUCGCCGAGGGGAAGUACGGCCUCAUACAGAAUGAGAUAUUCGCCAAGAACCCCAAGCGGCCGGGCAUCGUCAGCUACGAACCGAACCCCGAGACGAGGUCGAAAGAUAACCUGCAGACGCUCGGAGGCCUCAAGAAAGAGGAGAUAUGGCUCGCGGAGGACCACUUGCUCGUGCUGAAGGGCGGUUCGUUCCCGGAGAGGACGAAGGAGGCCGACAAGCGGCCGUGGCCCGCUAUUGACGACUACGAGGCUCCCCGAAGGCAAGUAAAGCUCCCGCAAAAGCCGCGAGUGCCUCCGCCCUUUCCAGUACAACUCUCCGACGACGGACCGCUCGUCUUCCUCACGCCAAACGGUAGUGUCCCUGCGGCCGUAUUCCCUCCCUUCCCUCCGGGACAAGGCGAAGGCUCUGUUCCUGCUCCGCCAUUCCCAUUCCCGCCUGGAGCGCCCCACCCCGCGGGUGACUAUCAAGGAAACUCUUCUGCCGGGGGAGCGCCGUUCCCAAAUUCUCCGUUCCCAUUCCUUCCUGGGAAUGCGAGCGAAGGACCCUUCCCCUUCCCGCCCUCCAUGAACGCCUCUUUUCCAGAAGGUUUCCCACCGGGCGCGGCCUUCCUCCCCCCGCCGAGCAACCAGUCCGACCUGUACGACGAAGACGACCCUUCGAUCUACUAUCCGCCGCCCUACAAUUUUUCCUACCGCGCUGAGUACAACAACCGCGUGCCGGCCGGCCCGCUCGUGCCCGGUAUCGUGCUGCCACCGCCGCCCGACUUCUUUGCACCGCUCGAGGAGAAGUCCACGACCACUGAGACUGUGACGUCAGCCAAGCCGGUCACCACGACCUCGUACAUGAGGGUGAAGCCCCUGAAGCCGCGGCCGAGCCCGACGCCGGCGGUGCGCAAGCCGUACAAGCCGAGACCAACUACAACAUCAGAGUCUCCGCAGACCGAGGCGCCUACCACCGCCACGGUGCCUCCCACUGUCGAGAUCGUGACGUCACCACGGCCAAGGCCACCGCAAAGAGUUGUGCAAAUCCCGUCGAGGACACCUAUACACGUGCAGAACCUACCCGAAGUGGUUAUCAGACCAAAGACAGAGAAACCAGUGUACAAGUCCAGAACGAAACUGACUUCCAAACCGCUGUCUGUGUCUGUCAUCUACGACGAGCCUCAAUAUGAAGCUAAACCACCGUCAAUAUCCGAGAAGCCAUACAUAAUUUACAGUGUGCCGGACAAAACGCAAAGUGAUAUCGCGGACAAUUUAGUGACAUCCACUCCCGUGCCAUUGAGAGCGUACUACUCGAACUCGCCCAGUGUCGAAGUGCCCACGACGAAGCUGCAGCCCGUGUACAACAGGAAGCCUACAGAGAACUCAGUGGCUUCAUUCUACUUCUAUGACGAACAACCUAAGACUUCCCCUAGUCCAUCACCGUACUACGACGGCAGAAACUACUACAAGGCACUACCACUCCCAGUGAAUCAAGCGCCUGCUCAGAAUCAGAACGUAAACCAGCAGAACGGUUUCAACCCACCCAUUGACGUAGCAUACGGGUCAUUCGACCAAGCCGAUGCCUUAUUCUUGUGGCCGCAAAAGCAAGGCCCUCACACGCUAACACAGGAGUACUUCAGCAUUCAGAAGCCGCGGCAACAGAACUACAUCCAACAACAGCCGAAACAACGGCCAGACUUCUACCAACAGAUCGCCGACAUUCAGCAAACGUUCGACUUGUUCACGACGACCAGACCCAAGUCGUAUUCGCACCGCCCGCACGCUCACAACGCUCACAAGCCCAAGGCCAUCACGUCGCGGCCAGUCUACCAGUUCAGCUAUCAGUCCAAGCCGCGGCAGGAGCUGUCGUUCCGCGCGCCCAAGCUGGACCCUGAACCUUUCAGGCCGAUGGUCAGCUACAGCCGCCCGCUCAACCACGGAAACGACUUCAACGCCAUCCUGCCGUCACCCUCCCCUGGCUACCACCAGCAGUACUUGAUCGAAAACGUCAAAGUCUCAACAGAAUCUCCGACCUCGAGCAGAUAUUACCCUAAAACGAGGACGAGGGAGGACGACUACGACGACGCACCAGUGAAAGAGGUGAGGAACAGUCAGAAGAAGAACCGAAACCACAUUCCGGUGCAAAACGACAAGCCGUCCGCCCAGUUCAACGGCCCCGUGAGCUCGACGGCCAGCCCGGUCAGCCACGGCUAUUAUACUCAACAGGACGAGAGGUACUUCGACGACCUCACCAAGAGCUCCUUCGACGUUUUCGGCAAGAAAAUCGAAGGCAGCGACCACGACGCGAGCGGGCUGGGCGUGACGCCGCCGCUGGGCACCGUGCGCACGCCCAUCGACAACAACAUCAAUCUACAGUAUGCGUAUGACUUCGUGGACACUCAGAGCCCUAACCCGCCCACGCUGGACCGGGACACUGUCAUAAACGACCGCUUCCCGCGCCCGCCCGUCCACUCAGAGAGCGAGCCCGUCAACCAGAAGACUCACAGCCAACUGGUCCAGCAACAGAAGCCUCCUUCCCUAGCGGACGACACGCUAGUGAACGACAGACUGCCGCGGCCGUCCAUCAACCCCGACAGCGAGUUCAUCCCCAUACCCAACCCCGGGUACAGAACUGCCCAGCAGUACAACAUACAGCCGCAAGUGCAGAAGCCUCAGUAUGCUGGGGAGCAGUUCGACUUGAACAGACCAUCGCUGGGCGGCGACACGGCCGUAAACUACCGGCGCCCUCUACCGCCCAUCAACCCAGAUGCUGAAUGGAUCAACCCCGUCAACACCGCUGGUGAAGGCAGGCCGGGCUCCUUCGUCUCAUAUAGACUACCGGGCGAAGAGGCUCACGUAUACUUCUUAACCCCUCAAGCGGCCAAUCGCGAGCGGUACAGGGGUCAGGGGUACGGACGGUGAAACCAAAGCUCUAGUCUGACAGCCGCUAGACGGCCCGUGUAAAUACAAAGCGCAAAUGUGAUGAUUAAGUGUCCUAAGUAGUGUAAGAAGACUAGCGGGCGACCGCAUUGCCAUAAUAUUUAAACUGUUUUAAGUCGUGUGAGGGUUGACGCGAGUGUGGACUAAACGAUUAUUUAUUAACUUAUUCCUAAGAGACACUGGUGCAUAUAAUAGUGAUAGUUAAUUUAUUUUAUGACAGUAUUCACGAUGGACUCGAGUAUAUGAUGUGAUAUGAUAAACGAACGCAACGAGUUGCAAUCUCUGUAAUAUAGACUUUGUUAUGUAGACAAGACAAUAACAAAUUGAUUGUGAUUUUUUUUCUAUUUUGUAUUACUUUAAAAAGAUUGUACAUAAACAAGAAACUAAUUAAAAUGUUUUUUUAAUGUA